UUAAACCGAUUAUAUGCAAAAGUAAUUUCACUUUAUCCAGGCGCUAAUCGGCUUUGCAAAAUUUUAAAAUUAAGUGGAAAACUGCCUCGGAUUACUAAACUUAUUUCUUUUGAUUUUCAGGUCUCUGAUAGCGUAGAUAAAAAAUAUUAAAUUUCUGAACUGAAACAUACACUAUGAUUAAGCGUUUUUGCUUCAUUGUUGUAUUGACAAUGCACAUUGUGACGUCACUGGGGUGCCCACGAGUCUGCAGAUGCGACGAAAGGCGAAAGAUGGUCAAUUGUAACGAAAGAGACUUAAACUUUGUGCCGCAUGGUAUUCCAACGAACACAAAAGUCUUGUAUCUACAACACAACAACAUCGGGAACAGCCCAAGUCUUGAACAAAACCUCUCGAAAUUGAAAGUCUUGGAAAAGCUUUAUAUUUACAGCAACAAAAUCACGUCUUUCCCGGCAAAUUUACCGAGCAGUAUAGUCUACGUGUCUUUGCGUCAAAACAACAUUAAAUUUAUCGGAAAAACGGCUUUGAGAGGACUUAGCAACCUACGGGAGUUACAUUUGGAUUCGAACAACAUUACCAUCGAAGGUUUAUCAGAAGACGCAUUUUCACCAGCGGUCAAUCUACAGGAGCUUAUAUUCACUCAAAACAGUUUGACGCACCUCCCAUCCGGGUUACCUAGAAGUUUAAUAAGUCUCCGUGUCGCUAACAACCGUAUUAGUGACGUCACAGCUGCGUCAUUAAGCAGUCUUAGCAAGCUGAUCGUUUUAGACUUCAGCAACAAUGAGUUGAACGACGCUUCAUUUCAGGAUGGGAGUCUAAAGCAGCUGGAGAACUUGCGUACAAUAGACCUCAGCGGCAACCAUAUUACUAACAUCCCUACCCAGCUGCCGGGUAAUAUCACAAACUUAUUGUUAUCCCGCAACAAAAUCCAGUAUAUCUUCGCAGCCAAAAGCGAACCCGGCGAAAUACCGAUACGAGGCGAUUUACAGUCAUUUCCUCGGCUAAAGAAACUGGAUUUAUCGUCAAACCAGUUGCACAGCGUUGAAAAGGGCGCGUUUACGAACCUGCCUUCUGCAAUAUCGGUGGAGUUGCAUGGAAACCCUUGGCGUUGCGACUGCAACCUACAAUACUUAAAGCGCUGGAUGACGUAUACAACAUCCGUUGUACGAAGUAGCGAAGGCAACACACGAUGCGCGACACCCGCGAUUUUCAGUGAUGUCACAGUCAACAGUUUAGAUCUAGAAGCGCUUCGUUGCACGCAUAGUUCAUACGCGUUUAAUGUACUUGACGUAACUCCGGACAGCGUCACAAUCGAGUAUGACGUCAUCAGCGCGGAGGAGCCGCCGUACGUCACCUUCUCUAUUAUGUACGGAACAAUGCUGUGCAAUGGAUGUUCUAUACCGCAUGAUAAUACUAAAGGAAAGCAUCCAACUGCUGCCAUGUGGAUGGGCGAAUACACUAUAAUAGAACUGAACUCUGAAAAUAAGAGAAUCGAAAAUUUGACUCCAAACACCACGUACGCUAUGUGUAUAGUGACUUCCUACCAACAUCCAGACCAAAUCGGUGUGGAGCAGUGCCAAGACGUCACGACCUACGUCAUACCUACGUUUCCGACGAUUUUAGAAGAUAGAAGUUUUCCAAUGUGGGCGUACAUAGCGGCCGGGUGCGGGUUCGUUUUACUCUUAGCGCUCGCUAUUACAGUGUACAUAUUAUGGAAACGAAGGAUCAAAAACCGACUGAUCGAAGCACGAAGAUAUAGACAACAAAUACCACAACAUUACUUACCCCAGUUCAUGGUGGCAAGGGAACCGGGUUUGGCGCCUUUGACCCCCAACUCGUACACUGGCAAGCCAUUACCAUUACAAAACGCUAACAACGAGUUUGAUGUAACUUUGAUGGUACGACAGGACGUUAAUUUAUCUCGUAGAAGCGACAGUUGUUACAGUGACAGUCACGAUGAGUCAGUCGUGACCAACCAUACUAGUGGUACAGCGCGCUCCAAUCGUUGUGAACAGAACUCGACUGGCAACCAAAGCGAAUCUUUAUUACCAAGUAAUAAUUCGCCUCAUUUACACGACUCUGGGCUUUUCGUUUAGUUUUCUUUUUUACUUCUUUUGCAUUUUUUUCUAUUUUGCUUCUGUUUUUACGCUUUCGCCAUCGCUUAUUGCAUGUCUUUUAAACUUUCGCGUAUUUUUACAUUUUUCUGUUUAAAAAGUUCAUUCCAGAUUUAGCCGCUUAUUGUUACACGGCUUAGCUUUGAAAGUUUUGUAAACCGUUUACGAUUUGCAGUAAAAUGUUCUUAACAAAACUUACACAACUUCCAUUCCACAAAAAUUACAUUAUAAUAUAUAGUAAGCUCUUAAAAUCAAAUUUAGUUGACUUUGCCAAACACUAUUUUUAAAAAACACUAAACAAUGGUCUCAUUUUCAUGAGAUAUGUUUUCGAGAUUUUUUCUGGCUGGACCAGAUACGUAUUGCUUUUUCAAUUCUUUAAAUAAACUACAACGACAAAA